GCGGCCUUCUGAAGCCGCGCCGGCGCUCCCGGCAUGGCCGCGCCGCGCCUGCGCUGAGAGCCGUCCCCGUCCGACGCCGCGCCGCGGCCGCCAUGCUGCGACCAUGAUGAUGGCCCGCAAGCAAGAUGGCCGCGCGCCCACCUACAACGUCAGCGUGGUGGGGCUCUCGGGCACCGAGAAGGAGAAAGGCCAAUGCGGCGUCGGCAAAUCUUGCCUUUGCAACCGCUUCGUGCGGCCCGGCGCCGACGACUUCCACUUGGAGCACACCUCGGUGCUCAGCACCAGUGACUUCGGGGGCAGGGUGGUCAACAAUGACCACUUCCUCUACUGGGGCGAGGUGGCGCGGCCGCUGGAGGAGUGCGCCGAGUGCCGCAUCCACGUGGUGGAGCAGACGGAGUUCAUCGACGACCAGACCUUCCAACCUCACCGCAGCACGGCCUUGCAACCCUACGUCAAGAGGGCGGCGGCCACCAAGCUGGCGUCGGCCGAGAAGUUGAUGUACUUCUGCACCGACCAGCUGGGCUUGGAGCAGGACUUCGAGCAGAAGCAGAUGCCCGACGGCAAGCUGCCCGUGGACGGUUUCUUGCUCUGCGUCGACGUCAGCCGCGGCAUGAACCGCAACUUCGACGAGCAGCUCAAGUUCGUCUCCAACCUCUACAACCAGCUGGCCAAAACCAAGAAACCCGUGGUGGUGGUGCUGACCAAGUGCGACGAGGGCGUGGAGCGUUACAUCCGCGACGCCCACGCCUUCGCCUUGGGCAAGAAGAACCUGCAGGUGGUGGAGACCUCGGCGCGCUCCAACGUCAACGUGGAGCUGGCUUUCGGCACUUUGGUGCAGCUCUUGGACAAGAGCCGCGGCAAAGCCAAGAUCGUCCCCUACUUCGAGGCGCUCAAGCAGCAGAGCCAGCAGAUCGCCGCCGCCAAGGACCGCUACGAGUGGCUGGUGGGCCGCGUGGUCAAGAGCCACCACGAGGCGUGGCCGGACGUCAGCCGCCGCAUGCGGUCGGCGCCCGAGUACCAAGAUUACGUCUACUUGGAGGGCACCCAAAAAGCCAAGAAGCUCUUCGCGCAGCACGCGCAACGCCUCAAGCGGGAGCACGUCGAGCGGCGCCGCCGCGCCUACCUGGCGCUGCUGCCGCAGGCGCUGGACGCCCUCGUGCCGGAUUUGGACGAGAUCGACCGCCUGAGCCGCGCCAAAGCCGAGAAGCUGCUGGAGGCCAAACCCGACUUCCUCAAGUGGUUCGUGGUGCUGGAGGAGACGCCGUGGGACGCCACCGACCACGUCGACGACGCCGACGGCGAGCGCAUCCCCUUCGACCUGCUGGAGACGCCGGCGGGCGAGCAGCUCUACGAGGCCCACCUGGAGAAGCUGCGCGCCGAACGGAAGCGCGCCGAGAUGAGGAGGGCGUUCCUCGACAACCUGGAGAGCUCGCCCUUCGUCACGCCCGGCAAACCUUGGGAGGAAGCGCGCAGCUUCAUCAUGAACGAGGACUUCUACCUCUGGCUGGACGAGUCGGUCUACGUGGACAUCUACGGCAAGCACCAGAAGCGCCUGAUCGACAAAGCCAAGGAGGACUUCCAGGAGCUGCUCUUGGAGUACUCGGAGCUCUUCUACGAGCUGGAGUUGGACGCCAAACCCAGCAAGGAGAAGAUGGGCGUCAUCCAGGAGGUGCUGGGCGAAGAGCAGAGGUUCAAGGCGCUGCAGAAGCUCCAGGCCGAGCGCGACGCCUUGGUCCUCAAGCACAUCCACUUCGUCUACCACCCCACCAAGGAGACGUGCCCCGGCUGCGCCGCCUGCGUCGACGCCCGCGUGGAGCAGCUGCUGGCCUCGCGCUUCGCCCGGCCGGCCGAGCGGCAGCGCCGCGCCGACGCCGACGCCGACCGCAUCAACCUGGUCAUCCUGGGCAAGGACGGCUUGGCGCGCGAGCUGGCCAACGAGAUCCGCGCCCUCUGUGCCGACGACGACAAGUACGUCAUCGAGGGCAAGGUCUACGAGUUGGCCUUGAGGCCCAUCGAGGGCAACGUGCGGCUGCCGGUCAACGCCUUCCAGACGCCCACCUUCCAACCGCACGGCUGCCUGUGCCUCUACAACUCCAAGGAGUCGCUGUCCUACGUGGUGGAGAGCGUGGAGAAGAGCCGCGAGUCGGGCGCCGGCCGCCGCGACGGCCACGCCGCGCCGCCGCUGCCCUUGGCCUUGGCUUUGGUCAACAAGCGCGGCGGCGGCGACGGCGGCGGCGAGACGCUGCAGAGCCUGAUCCAGCAGGGCCAGCGCAUCGCCGGCAAGCUCCGCUGCGUCUUCCUGGACCCGGCGUCGGCCGGCGUCGGCUACGGCCGCACCGUCAACGAGAAGCAGAUCGGCCAAGUCCUCAAGGGGCUGCUGGACGCCAAGCGCAACCUCAACGCCGCGCCGGCGCCGGGCCCCCGCGAGGCGUCGGACGGCGCCGAGCUGCGCCUGGCGGCGUGCCUGAUGUGCGGCGACCCGGUGAGCGCCGACGAGGUGCUGCUGCCCAUCCUGCAGGCGCAGCCGUGCCGGCCGGCGCCGGGCGGCGGCGCCGCGGUGCUGCUGGAGGCGGCGGUGGGCGCGCAGCGCCGGCGGGUGGAGCUGUCGCUGCUGUCGUACCACGCCUCCUUCGGCACGCGCAAGAGCCGCCCGGCGCACGGCUACAUCGUCUUCUACGCCGCGCGGCGCCGGGCCUCGCUGGCCACGCUGCGCGCCUUCCUCGCCGACGUGCCCGACGUCGUGCCGGUGCAGCUGGUGGCCCUGGCCGACGGCGCGGGCGACGCGCCGGACGACGAGGUGAGCCGCGAGCAGCUGGCCGAGGGCGAGGAGAUCGCGCAGGAAAUCGAGGCGCGCUUCGCCGCCUUGCCGCGCGGCCGCGCCGGGCUGGACGUCUUCCAAGCCUUCUUCAAGGACGCCUUGGAGAAGAAGAGCGCCGUGGAGGCGGCGCACCUCUACGACAACGCCGGCGACGACGCCUUCGGCUCGCCGCGCGCCGCCUCGCCGCUCUGCAACUCCAACGCCGCCGACUCCGAGGAGGACGCCGAGGCGCCGCCGGGCUCCGGCCCGUUCCGCGAGGAGUCGGCCAAACUCUGCGCCGAGCCCGACGCCGGCGACGCCUUCGCCAGGCCGCCGGGCAAACCCAAAGCGCCGCCGCCCUUCGAGGCGGCCGAUCCCCGCGACGCCCGCCGGCGCUCGGCGGCGGCGCCCGACGCCUUCGACCCUUCGGAUUACGCCGAGCCCAUGGACGCCGUGGCGGCCAAGCCGCGCGGCGAGGAGGAGAACAUCUACUCGGUUCCUCACGACAGCACGCAGGGCAAGAUCAUCACCGUGCGCAACAUCAACAAGGCGCCGUCCAACGGCGGCAGCGGCAACGGCUCCGACAGCGAGGCCGAUGGCGGCUCCUUGGAGCGGCGCGGCCGCGCGGCGCCGGCCAACGCCGCCGCGGCGCGGCUCUACCGGGCGCGGUGCGCGCGGCUCGGCCGCUUCGCCGCCUACCGGCCCGGCCUGGGCGUCGGCAGCGACGACGAGGCGGGCGCGGCGAGGAAGAAGGACGAAGAUGGCGGCGGCGGCCACGGCGGUUACAAGGGCGACAACGCCGGCGCCGCCUACGAGGCGGCCGACGGAGAAGAUCCGCGCCGCAGGAACAUCCUGAGGAGCCUCCGGAGGACCACCAAGAAGCCGAAGGCGAAGGCGCGCCCGUCCCUCUCCAAGGCCCCGUGGGAGAGCAGCUACUUCGGGGUGCCCCUGGCCAGCGUGGUCAGCCCCGAGCGGCCCAUCCCCGUCUUCAUCGAGCGCUGCAUCCAGUACAUCGAGGCCACCGGUCGGAAAAUCGGGAAUUCCGGGAAAAUUCGGGAAUUUGGGAAAAAAAAUCAGAAAAAAUCCCUGCGGCGCCAGUUCGACCAGAACCACGGCCUGGACCUGGCUGAGAAGGAUUUCACCGUCAACGCCGUGGCCGGAGCCAUGAAAAGUUUCUUCUCGGAGCUGCCGGAGCCCCUGGUGCCCUACGCCAUGCAGCUGGAGCUGGUGGAGGCCCACAAGAUCAGCGACCGGGAGCAGAAGCUGCUGGCGCUGCGCGAGGUCCUGCGGCGCUUCCCCCGCGAGAACUACGAGGUCUUCAAGUACGUCAUCGCGCACCUCAACAGAUUUUUUGCAAAUUCUUCUGUAAUUUGUUGA